UGCAAUUGCAGGUUCUCGGCUGCACUUUCCUCACGCUGUCAGUGUGAGGAAAGUACUGCUGAGAACCGGCAGUUGUCAGAGCGGGGAUUGGCACUGAUGAUCAGUGCCCUGAUGAUCGGUGCCCAGCAGUACCACCCACCAGUCCCGCCCACCUGUGCCCAGCAGUGCACCCACCUGUGCCACCCAGCAGUGCGACUCACCUGUGCCCAGCAGUCCCACCCACCAUGCUGCCAGUCAGUGCCACCAGUCAGUGCCCAGCGGUUGUGCCAGUUAGUGCCACCUAUCCGUGCCACCUCAUUAGUGCUGCCCAUCAGUGCCCAUCAGUGCAGCCUCAUC